AUGCCUUACACCAAAGACGACAAAAAGGUUACGCUAUCGACGACUGCGCGUCGAGAUCUUAUUUUAUGGGCAACUGUCCUAUCCUGGAAAGCGUCUCCCAAUGCCGAACCUGCUAGAGAGAGGCUAUUCGUUCGAAGAAAGCUGUCCUUGAUGGAAGGACAAUCAACCAACGCUCGUUCACAUUUCGCAGUUCGAGGAGGCAUUCCCAUCGCAUUCCCAUUUUUUGGGCCUCCAAGUAAACCAGAGCACCAAAAGAUGGGUCAACACGGAUUCGCUCGAAGCACUGUUUGGAAAUGGGACAGUGUCGUGAUGGACAACGAGACGGGUGUAGCUGUUAGACUUGUUCUUGAGCCUACCCCUAAAAUCAAGGAGGUCUUCCCUCACCCAUUCCACCUGGCUUAUGUCGUUACUCUGACGGCUCAUCAACUCUCGACCGAUCUCCAUGUUACCAACACCGGAAACGAUCCACUUACUUACCAAGCUCUUUUGCACACCUACUUUGAGGCAGAUGCGGCUACUUGCACCAACUACGCUGAGAGCGUCGAGACUCGGGACGAAGUGCCUGUCAAAGAAUAUACCGAUGCAGUCUACAAGAACGGUGGUGGUAAAUAUAUCGGAAAAUGGGCAGGUGGUGGAGUCGAGGUUAAAGCUGUUGGAUUCAAGGAUGUAGUGGUCUGGAAUCCUCAAGCUGAAGCAGGUAGCAAGAUCGCAGAUUUGCAUGAAGGCGCAUGGGACAACUAUGUCUGUAUCGAACCGGGCGCGGCAUCUUAUUGGGAAACCCUCGCCCCGGGAGCAAGUUGGAUCGGAGGCCAAACUCUCAGCGCCUUGUAA